ACUUGCACUUCCGUGAUGGUAGUUCGCCUUUCCGGUUGACUCCGUAAAUGGAUGUUGUUCUGAGACUGGGCGUGUACGAUACAGUUUCUUUAGCAUAGGUGAACGAGUAAACCCGCUGCGAUGGAGGACAUAUUUCAUUGGUGUCGGGAAGGGAACGCGUUCCAAGUGCGCGUGUGGCUUGACGACACCGAACAUGACAUGAAUCAGGGGGAUGAUCAUGGCUUCAGUCCACUUCACUGGGCUGCCAAGGAGGGCCAUGCAAACAUUGUGGACAUGCUUAUCGCAAGGGGUUCACGAGUCAAUGCCACCAACAUGGGAGACGAUACAGCACUUCACCUGGCAGCUGCUCACGGGCAUCGUGACAUUGUGCAUAUGCUGCUCAAACGCAAAAUGGAUGUGAAUGCCAUCAAUGAGCAUGGAAACACACCACUUCAUUACGCUUGCUUCUGGGGUUACCAAGCAAUAGCAGAGGACCUAAUUGCCAGCGGUGCCUUGGUGUCUAUUGCAAACAAGUAUGGGGAAACGCCACUCGAUAAGUGUAAAGGUCACAUGGGGAUUCGCCUGAGAGAAGUGGCUGAACAAGCCGGCCAGGAUUUGAAAAAAAUUUACUACAAAGAUCAAAACUGGCUCGGCACCAAAACAAGGACAAGGGAUGCUACUCUUUCAAGGCACUCGGGUAUCAACAUGGAUGAGCUCAAGUUCUUUCAACAAAUUGCGUCAACACCAUCUGGAGAGACUUGGAAGGGUUCAUGGCAGGGAAAUGACAUUAUAGCCAAGAUCCUCAAAGUGGGUGAAGUGACGCCGCGCAUCUCCCGAGACUUCAAUGACCAGUACCCGCGGCUGCGCAUUUUCUCACACCCGAAUGUCCUUCCAGUCAUCGGCUGCGUCAACCGUCCUCCGCACUUGAUUGUUGUGCAGCAGUACCUGCCUCACGGCUCUCUCUUUGACAUCUUGCAUGGCUCGACAGGAAUGGUAGUGGACCAGGCGCAGGCACUCAAGUUUGCCAUUGACGUUGCUCGCGGCAUGGCCUUCCUUCACACCCUCGAGCCCAUGAUUCCAAACUAUCAACUGAGCAGCAAGCAUGUCAUGGUGGAUGAGGAAAUGACUGCUUAUGUGAACAUGGCCGACGCCAAGUUUUCCUUCCAAGAGCGGGGAAAGAUGUAUAACCCUGCUUGGUAUUCGCCUGAAGCCUUGCAGAAGAAACAGGACGAGAUGAACUGGAAAGCGGCCGACAUGUGGAGCUUCGCCAUACUGCUGUGGGAGUUGGCGACCCGCCAGGUUCCAUUUGCUGACCUAUCUCCAAUGGAAAUUGGCAUGAAGGUCGCUCUGGAAGAGCUGCGAGUGACCAUUCCGCCGGGGAUCUCUCCUCACAUGAGCCGGCUCAUUCGUAUCUGCAUGAAUGAAGACCCGGGCAAGAGGCCUACCUUUGAGAUGAUACUCCCCAUCUUGGAAAAGAUGAAGCACUGAGCACAUCGCGCGACCAUUCGUAAUGAGCAUUUUGACGUGGAUUACCAGCCCCAUCGAGGGCUGAAACCCCCCGAAUCCGAAUUCUGCAUCUUUCUUAAGCCGCAAUGUCAUGUCCGGCACUGCAUCACACUGAGGAAGGAAGGAUUGUACGUGCUUCCUGCAUUGUGUUCAUGUUGUGUCCAAGCUCACAAAUUGAUUUUGAAUAGCUCUAAGCCACUGCGGAAAUGCCUUAAUCAUUAAAGGUAGCAACCACAUGUUUUCAACUUUUUGUAAACACUUGUACUGUUGGAAUAAUGUAUCAAAUUACAAUGUUCUUACAAUUCUUUCUGAUGGUUAUUGCAAUGAUUAAAAGGUACGAAAACAAGACAAGCACUGCAGCUUAGGGCGUUGACCUGCAUAUGAACGUCUGUGACAGUCGAUGCCCCAUGCUUCGCCCUCCUUCCAUUCUCACGCUCUCUUUUUUAUUAAUAAAAUAAAACAACUCGCCUGUGUCGUUAACCUUGAAGAAUGGUGCUAACUACAGUGUAAUUUGCCCUUCUGUGAAGAGACGUGCGAGCCUUAAAUGUUUUUUAUGUUAAAGUUUGUCUUGUGCAUAAAAUGCAGCUUGAUGCUUGUAAAGCAACGUUUGGUGAGUGCCUUCACUGCCUUGUGUUUGUCUCAGUCUGUAUAGUUAUUGUUGCCUAUUUGAUGCAAAGCAGUUCAUAAACUGCAAAUUCAGCCGCAUGUUAUCCAAAGGAGAGAACUUUUGAAAUCACCUAGCCAUUGUGCCUGCUGGGCACAUUUGUGCUCAUCGAUAUAUGUAUCUCAGCAUUAUUCACCAUGUGCUCAUGUUGUAGUGUUCAUUAUCUUAUAGGAGAAGUGGUAUCCAAAAGUGCUAUUUGUAAGCAUACCGGCCAGAAUUCAUUGAAGCUUGUGGCAGUUAAGCCAUGUGCAUAGUAUCGUUUGCUGUAAGCGGCAUGAACAAUGCCCUGUUAUUGCUGCACAAUAUUCAUUAGUAAAUUUCCCUACUUUUGAGGUAAGAGGAAAUUAUAAUGUUGCCAAAGAUUGCUGCACUUGUCUGAAGAUGGAUCGUUACUUCUACAGUGUAACUGUCUAAUAACUGUUAUCUAGUUAUGGGAAAACCAUCAGGAAAUGAUAGACUGGUAUCUAUUCGUGGUAAAACCAUCAAGAAAUGGUAUACUGUUAUCUAGUUAUGAUAAAACCAUCAGGAAAUAAUAUACUGUUAUCUAAUUACGGUAAAACCAUCAUGAAAUGAUAGACUGUUAUCUAAUUAUGAUAAAAGCAUCAGAAAAUUAUAUAAUAUUAUCUAAUUAUGGUAGAACUAUCAGGAAAUGAUAAACACUUUAAAAUUUUGUAUGUAGCUGUUUGUGUUCAAGCCUAGCAAUCUGUAAAUUUUUGUGACUGUUAGAGCAUGUUGUUUGGCAUACAUCGCCAUGCCAAUGUCCUUUACAACUUUUUGCUUGUUAUGUGGUAACAUAUGUGUGAAAAUGCUAAAUGUACUGUUUAGAUUGACCCACGCAUCAGCAAUAUUUAUAAUGAUGUUUGAUUUAUUUGUUUUGGCUUUUGUAUCUGUACUGAUGACUCUCAUCAUGCAUAUUUUAAUUUAUGGCAAACACUGAAAACACUGCAUCUUUUAUUCAAAUGACAGUAGAGGCUUUAGACCUUAGUGCUGACGCUUAAAUAUAAUGUGUAAAUUUCUGUCACCCAAGCUGCUACAAGGUGAUGGAACCUCAUGCAUUUAUUGUAUAAAGAAGGUGCACUGCCAGACCAUUACAUGUGCAUUUGUUAUGCAAAUAAAUUGUUGCUAUUAGUACCCUAA